AUGACAAUUGAAAGUGAGAAAAUUGUGGAUCAAGUAAUGAAGGACAUCAAUGUAGUGCCAGUUGUUCACCAUCAUGAGUUCAUUCUUCCCCAUGAUUUUUCGGAUUUGGUUGUACCUCCAAAGCUUCACAUCACAGAUUUUGUUCACGAUGUAGACGACGAGCAAUUCACCCCCAUUCAUGAACUUUUAUUAUUAUCACAAGUUUUUCUUAACAUCGGAGUUGAUGCCGAAUUGAGGCUGAACAGGGCAAAGUGCUCAAGUCCCCUUGCCCCUGCACUCUACAUAUUUGGAGAUUCACUUUCAGAUAGUGGCAACAAUAAUUUCCUUCAGACACUUGCGAAAGUGAACUAUACACCAUAUGGCAUAGACUUCCCGGAUGGUCCAACAGGCAGAUUCACAAAUGGCAAAACUUUUGUAGAUUUUAUAUCUCAAUUUCUUGGGUUACCUUUUGUUCCUCCAUAUAUGGGUCUUUCAGUGGCUCAAAAGAACAAUACAAUAACCGGAAUGAAUUAUGCAUCAGGAUCAGCAGGCAUCCUCCGAGAAACAGGAACUGCAUUGGGGAAGAAUUUAGGCCUAGGGGAACAAGUUGAGUUGUUCAAAGAAACUGUUAACAAUUACUUGCCAAAAAACUUCAAAACCAAGGAUGAGCUCUUGCAGUACUUAUCGAAAUCCAUUUUCAUUGUACACAUAGGCAGCAAUGACUAUAUCAACAACUAUCUCCUACCGGCACCAUACAACAGUAGUCAUCUCUACAACCCCGAACAAUUUGCCGGCAUUCUCUUAAAAGAACUCAAACAACACUUGCAGGAGCUUUAUAAUCUGGGAGCAAGGAAAUUUUUGGUAGUCAACCUCCCUUCAAUUGGGUGUGCACGGGGCACAAUUGGAUGUGUUAACCCUAUAAGCCAGAUGAUGUCCCUUUACAAUAAGGGCUUUCCCAGUGUGUUACAAGAUCUGAGCACCACUCUUCAGGGCUCAACCUUUGUCCAGGGAGACAUUGAUGCAUUUAGCCUUGACUUAGGCCAAAAUGCUUUUAAAUACGGGUUCACAAAUCUACUCCCAUGCUGUACGGAAAUUCUCCAAUGCCUACCAAAUAUACCACCUUGCUUGGAUAGAACUAGGCAUAUUUUCUGGGAUGGAGUUCAUCCAACACAACAGGUAAACCUGCUGUUUGCAAAUGGUUGCUUCAACAACUCAACGCUAUGUACUCCAAUAAAUGUACAGCAGCUUGCACUGAAACAAUAA